AUGGACUCCGCUUCUUUAUUUGACGAGCUUCCCGAUGGAGGAAGGACAAAUGGAUCGAGAUUAAAGACGGCUGAUUUUGAGUACAUGGUAGCGCCAUUUGCUGCCGCCAUCCCCUCAGCCAGGGACCCAACCCGUCUCCUGCCGCAGACGGUCGCGCACCGCGGGUACAAGGCGCAGUGGCCGGAGAACAGCCUCGAUGGCAUGCGCGCGGCGGUGCAGGCCGGCGCCCACGGCAUCGAGACGGACGUGCACCUGACCAGGGACGGCGUCGUUGUCAUGUCGCACAUUGACGACGAGGCGGAUCAGCUUCUCUCCAGCAUGAGAAAUGUGUUGGCGACUAUCAAAGGCCCUGUACCUUGGGAACACCGCAUCCUUCUCGGCUGCUGGAACGCCACGUACAUUACUGCCGCCCGGCGCAUCCUGCCCGCGUUUCCGCUCUGCCACAUUUCCUGGUCGCGGUCCUAUUCGGCGCACUUUGGCGCCGCCAUGCCCAACCUCGGCUACAGCCUGCACUUUUCCACGCUCUCUGGCGUCCUGGGACGGCGCUUCCUAGCGCAGGCACGGCGGCACCGCAACCGUGGCGCGCCCGUCAUGACGUGGACCGUCAACCAGGACAACUGGAUGCGGUGGCUGCUGGACCGCAACCUCCUCGUGCAUGAUGAUGGCCGCACCGGCGCCGGCGCCGGCGUGCCAGCGGCGCGGCGGGUGCUGGACGCGGUGAUUACGGACGAUCCGAGGCAGUUUCGGGAGGCGUGCGCGCGGUGGGAGGACGAGCUGGACGGGACGAGGCCGCGGCCGAGGCUGGGACUGGUGAGCCGGGUGCGCAGUGGCUGGGGCGAGGUGCUGGAGGCGGCCAAGCUGACGCUGCUGUGGGUGGUGUUGCAGGCCGUCACGAGAUUUUCGAAAAGGUUGGAUACGCUGCCUGAUGUGAUGACGAAGCGCAAGGUUCAGUAG